UGGUGUUGUAUCAAGAAAGAAGAGUGAUAAUAAGAUGCGAGACAUAGUUGGAAGAAAGCUCAACUUGUGCUUCUCAAAGAUGAUGCGCCCAUUUUCACCAGAAUCUCCUCCGAAUCCUACGAGCCUUAACUCUGAGUCAUCCCCAGAUGAUCAUCCCUCUUCAUCGUCUCCAUCCUCCUCGUCAGUUUUGAUAAAGAACUUCAACACGCUCUAUGAUCACACCUUUGAUUCCUACGAGCCCGAAGCAGAACCGGCCGACUUGGCCAUCGCCUUCGCCUCCGAACGCUUCUUCUUCUCGUCUCCUGGUCGCUCCAACUCAAUCAUCCAAUCACCGUCGUCUGAGCACCCUCUUACCUACAAGCUCUUCACAAACAGCGUGGCCGUGCCGACGUACUCGCCGGACCCUUAUAUGGACUUCCGAAGAUCUAUGCGGGAGAUGGUGGAGGCGCGUCCCGAGCUGAUGGAUGUCGAAUCCAACUGGGACAUGUUGCAGGAGCUUCUCCUAUGCUAUCUUGCUCUUAAUCCGAGGUCCACCCACAAGUUCAUUGUGGGUGCUUUCGCAGAUCUUCUCGUGACCCUCACGCUGCCAUCGCAGGAGGAGGCCGCCGGCGGUGAAGGAUGUUAGAUUAGGUUGUUGUUCAUACAUGUCUAUUGAUAUUAAUGAAAAUGGAACGUGGGUGCCAGAUAAUGAUUGUCCAAUCUGCUUCCCACUGGUUUUCAUGUGGGGAACCUCAAACUUGGUCCCCUCACCCCCAUCCAUCCAUUGUCGUCUUCUCAAUCUCAAACUCUUGUCCUCCAUCACUUCCAUUUUCCUUUUCUUAAACUUCUACUGUUUUGGUCUGGCUUUCAAUUUGAGGCUGGGUUGCUCCUAUAUAUUAGUUCAUCGCUUGUGAUGAUUCUAUCGCCUUUUCU